CGCCUUUACCGGGUGGGGCCCCGGCUGGCGCGAAAGACCUGCCCAAAGAAACAUCAAAAAGCCAAUAGCUCUGAGGGAGAGCUCAAUAAACCCCCAAGCCCACGUGAGGAGCGCAUGGAGGUCGAUGACCAAAAUGCAGAGUCCCACCGCGAGAGUCAGUCCGACUUGGCUACCUCGACCCCGGUCGUUGUAGCAAGCACUGGUAACGGUGCUGGCAGUUCCAGCUUUGCUGAUGCUGCCCGAGAAGGCCACUCUCAAAACUCAGAGGUAGCAUACCUUCGUCAGCACUUUGCUGUUGAAGCUGCCCUGCCACGACCACUGAAUGCGAAUAACCUUGCUAGGCUGUUCAAUUUGGUGCGUCAACGUUCACCCGGUAAUCCGAUUCACAGUUAUGAGCUUCGGGAUACCAGCGCAUUCGCCGACUCACUUGCACCGUUUGGUAAAGUUAUUAAGGCUGAGAAUGUCCGUAUCUGCGGUAUUCUAAGCCCGAAUUGGGAUGUUUCGAUCAAGUUGAGAUCAGACCUCAAGGACAUCCCCCUACGGGUCACCAUCGCUGGUCGUGGUGGAUCCCGGAAGUGCCGGUCGCUCCCCCUCGAUGGAUGCUUCAAGUGCCGCGCACAGGGCCAUCCUAAGGAGAAGUGCCCUAUGAGGGGACCUCAACCCCCCCCUAUUCCCCCCGUUGACGACCUCGACCGACGUAUGUCGCAAAUGGCGGUGUCCGAGCCUUCUUCCUCGCGUGCCCCGUCUUGUCGCUCGUCUCGCCCUUGUUCUCCUUUGUCUCCCUCGUCUCUUUCUGGUCUGGAAGAGUUGGUUCAAGACCAACUUGCUCGCGAGGGGCCACCGUUAGGUGAACCUUUGGCCUCGGCUGCUGCCUGCGCUCCUGCGCCCGCACCACCAAGUUUGCGCUCUCCUGCCGCCGCGCCUGUCCGUCGGGCAGCAGACGCGUCUCUCUCAUCCGGCCCGUCCGCCCGCCGACCCCCCAAGAAACAGAAGCAAGUUGUCGAUCACUCCCUGGACUUUCCCCAGGGGGCGCUCGCCCUCCAACUCACUCUCCACACCGAGGGUUAA